AUGUUUUGGGAAGUAAUAUCGGAUGAACACGGAAUUGAUCCAACAGGAACAUAUCAUGGUGACUCUGAUUUACAAUUAGAAAGAAUUAAUGUUUAUUAUAAUGAAGCCUCUGGUGGCAAAUAUGUACCACGUGCAGUACUUGUCGAUUUAGAACCAGGUACAAUGGAUAGUGUUCGAAGUGGGGCAUUUGGGCAAUUGUUUCGUCCAGAUAAUUUUGUUUUCGGACAAUCAGGUGCCGGUAAUAACUGGGCAAAAGGGCAUUAUACAGAAGGUGCGGAGUUAGUCGACAGCGUUUUGGACGUCGUACGAAAAGAAGCAGAAACAUGCGAUUGUCUUCAAGGAUUCCAGUUGACUCAUUCGUUGGGCGGCGGUACUGGUAGUGGUAUGGGUACAUUAAUAAUAUCAAAAAUACGUGAAGAAUAUCCCGAUCGUAUAAUGAUGACAUUUAGUGUUGUACCAUCACCAAAAGUUAGUGAUACAGUUGUUGAACCAUAUAAUGCAACACUGAGUGUUCAUCAAUUAGUCGAAAAUACAGAUGAAACAUAUUGUAUUGAUAAUGAAGCUUUAUAUGAUAUUUGUUUUCGUACAUUAAAAUUAACAACACCAACAUAUGGUGAUUUAAAUCAUUUGGUUUCAGCAACAAUGUCUGGCGUAACAACAUGUUUUAGGUUUCCAGGUCAAUUGAAUGCCGACUUAAGAAAAUUAGCUGUUAAUAUGGUACCGUUUCCACGUUUACAUUUUUUUAUGCCUGGUUUUGCACCGUUGACAUCACGUGGUAGUCAACAAUAUCGAGCAUUAACUGUUUCUGAAUUAACACAACAAGUAUUUGAUGCUAAAAAUAUGAUGGCUGCAUGUGACCCAAGGCAUGGACGUUAUUUAACAGUAGCUUGCAUAUUUCGUGGUCGAAUGUCAAUGAAAGAAGUUGAUGAACAAAUGUUAAAUGUACAAAAUAAAAAUUCCUCAUAUUUUGUUGAAUGGAUACCAAAUAAUAUUAAAACAGCUGUUUGUGAUAUACCACCAAGAGGUUUGAAAAUGUCGGCAACAUUUAUUGGAAACAGCACAGCAAUUCAAGAAUUAUUUAAACGUAUUAGUGAACAGUUUACAGCCAUGUUUCGUCGAAAAGCAUUUUUACAUUGGUACACAGGUGAAGGUAUGGAUGAAAUGGAAUUCACAGAAGCUGAGUCAAAUAUGAAUGAUUUAGUAUCAGAAUAUCAACAAUAUCAAGAUGCUACAGCUGAAGACGACGGUGAAGGCGGUGAAGAAGAACAAGACACUGACUAA